AUUAUGCAGUGCACCAGCUGGCAAAAAUUUGUCAUCGUGAAACAGCAAGUUUUUAGUCCUACAUGAUACAUGAUGAUGUAGUUGGCUUAGUCACAUUCAAUUAAUAUUAACAAAUUCAUCACAGUAAAAGAAGCAUUAUCUAGGAGGAAAGUCUGUGAUCCAGGAAUGUUGGAGUCUUGACUCGCACCAAGGAAGUUAGCCUACCUGUAACACAGUCACUCUACACACAAUAUCGCUUACACCAUCGAUCAUGUCGGCAGCACUGAUUGUGCCGCUUUCUCUCAUCGGCGGCUACGCUGCGCUGUCGGUCUUGCUGUUACGCUUCCCCCUGCUGAUUCACAGAAAGAAACAGACCAAGAUCAACGCCAGGCUAAUUGCCCACAGAGGGGGUGCCGGUGAAAACUUGGAGAACACACUCACAGCAUACAGACAUGCCUUGAAUUCGGGAAUGGACAUGCUGGAGAUAGACUGUCAGAUCACUAGAGAUAAGAAGAUCGUGGUGUCUCAUGAUAAUCACCUGGAGAGGGUGACAGGUGUGGACAGAUUCAUCAGUGACUUGGACUAUGAGGAUUUACCGCUCAUCUGUCAAUCUAUACCUGUCCAUUUCUGCAAAGGCCAGACUGUUUGUGGGAGCGAGACGGACAGGAGAAUCCCCCUCUUGCGGGAGGUCUUUGAGACGUUCCCCAACAUCCCCAUCAACCUUGACAUCAAGAGAGACGAUGAUGAGCUCAUACACAAGGUCCUUGAUAUGAUCAUAGAGUACAAGCGAGAAGAUAUAACUGUUGUGGGUAACUUUGCUGAAUCUGUUGUCCAAAAAUGCCACCAACGAGAUCACGUCCACCCCCUUCUUUUCAGCAUCUCAGGCAUCGGCAAGCUCAUCCUCCUUUUCUACUCGGGACUCCUCCCCUUCUGGCCUCUCAAAGAAGGCUUUGUUGAAAUCCCUUUUGAUUCGGUCGUCACAACCAAUUUUGAUGUUCAGAAGCGUUGGCAGAAGGCCCUGUUAUGGGUGCUGGACUUCCUGCUUAUCAACAGGGUUUUGUUUGGACAUCUGCAGAGACGGGGAAUCAAGGUUUACGUGUGGGUUCUCAACAAUGAGGCGCAGUGGGACAGGGCCAUGAGUAAAAGGGUGGACGGAAUCAUGACGGACUACCCUGCCAAGCUGGCCGAAUACAUGCGCAGGAGGGGUUACUGGCAGGACGGACGGGCUGGGCUGAGGAACGAGAACUACAACACAUUUGAUAAUGGAGUGGGCCAGUAGACCGGAACGGGACAACAAAAUUGAGGGACCACUGGUCGAUUUCUCCUGGUAACCUGUGCACAAAAUGUAUUGUGGGUACCUGGCAAAAGUUGCCCAGGGUUAACUAAUAGUCCUGUACUGGUGCUCAAGGUGCAACGUUAUUACUAUACCUGCUUGACUGGGCUCAUAAACAUUCCAAAAAAACCACCUCGGCACCCUGGGGAGU